AUGGAGGAUGGUAUCUCUGAAGGUUACAGGCCAGACCCCCCAGGCAACAUCGAAUUGAUAUGGCGCAAAAGCCAUACCCCGAUCUUAGAUCUCUAUCCCUACCCGAACAACAAGAGCCCUAUCGUCCCAUCAACAUCACAUCUAGAUGAAGACUGGCUUUCGGCCACCAGCAGAGUACGCAUCUUUAAGACCCUCAGCAGCAGCCCCAACAUCCAGGGCUACAAGGCCGAACACAUCCAAUUCUUCUUCUGGACUGCUCUUGACCGAUCAAACCGCCGCUAUAAAGACAUCCACGAUCCUAACGCACAACUCUGGGAGUUCCACGACAUGCACGCCCAUGAAGAUGGUCUUUGGCGCGAUGUACUUCUCAGUUCGCCCUGGUUUGACUGCCCUAUCUUUGAUGACUUGUUGCACAAGCCACAAAUAAGGAAUGACCCGAGAGGGAAGAAGCACGGAAAAGUUCGUAUGGUGAAGAGAAAUCCGCAUUUUGUGGAGUUGGAGGACGAGUUCUUGGAGAGAUGGUGGUUCAAGGCAGCGAAGUUGAAGUUGAGGAGGUUUGACAAUGGGGAUGCGGUGCUACCCAUCACGGAACAGAGUUACAGAGAGAUGUACGGGGAGAAGGCGAUGGAAUGGGAUAUUGAGGAGGAAGAUGAUGAGAGUGAUGAAGAGACUGAGAUCGCCACUGGUGAGGAUAUGCAGAGAGAAGACGAAGACGCUGAUGAUGAAGAGUCUAUCUGA